ACAUUUCGAAGGCCCGACGGAUGAACCCCAUGAGAAGGGGCGGACAACCAGAACUCACCUGUCUGCAGCAAAUCGGUGCUCGAGGACCUGCCUUCGGCUGUGACUUACGCGUGAGGCCAGAUGGUUGUACUUCGUGAGCAGGAUAAGUCAAGACCGCAGAAAACUUAACGAGAAAGCUCAGAAGCUCAGGCUACGAAGAAGAGAAAUGAAUCACAACUUGCGCAAGUGGACGCCGAAGGAGAAUGCCACAGCGGAGUGCGGGUCGGAUGACAUUUGAACUUGCGUGCAUCGGAGCAUCGGAAACACGCUCGGCCAUCCCAGUCGCGGUAGCGGGAGCGGGGGAGCGGGAAGGGGCGCGCUGGACACGGCAGCAGGAGGCUGUUGGAUUGAUUGUCGGGUGUCCUGCUUCGCGAAUCGAUUGAUCACAUUUCUCUACUGUGGAAGGUGAUCUAUCGACCGAACGAAAAUGUCUCUUGUGGAUUACGCCUCCGACGAAGCCGAUUCUAAUGAGGACGAGGAUGAGCCCGGUACUGCGCCAGGACCCGCAGUCCAUGGUGAUGCAGCGGCAGGCGCCUCUUCUUCCGACUCCGUGGCCAUGGACACGGACUCGAAAGCAGAGGUUCCACAACAGAACAACGUUCCGACAGCCCGAAUACAACUGCCGGAUGUGUCACUCCUCUUAGGUCCGAGUGACUCGGCCAUUGCAACAACAUCAAGCGCUCAAAGAAAGAGGGAGCCAGCAGCUAAUGGUUCAGGUCAUCAAUUGCCCAACAGCAAAGUUCCCAGGGGAAACCUUCGGCCUUCUAGAACUCCUCCUGAUACGGCCGGUGGUCUUCUCACUCCACCCCAGCUGCGAGGAAGAAGUAACGUAGCGACGGAAGAUCUGGACAAGAUUUUCACACGCAGGCAGCAAAGACGAUGAUGCCUUGAGAUCAUCGCUUGAAUUUUUGAUUUGGUAGCAGCCGAUACCAGCUUUUGUUAUGUGCCAUACCAGGCGGAAUCAUCAGAGUGUUCACCUGAUGACAAGUACUUUCUUCAGCAGAAAGGAUGGUCUGGCAACUCGUUUUAACUAUCUUGUGUAACUGUAGUAUGUUCCCUUUAGAAAGUGAGUAUUUGAUGCGAAAAAUAGAUUCUCUGAGCAAGUCAUUGUUCUCACUGACCACUCAUAAUAGAAGUCGUGAUGCUGCGGGAUUUAUCAUCCUUUAUUUUGCCACGUGAAUGGAACUAUCACCUGCACAUAGUUCAAAAGAAUUAUGCAGCAGCUGUAGUCUGUUUUGGCUGGACGGAAGGCUUUGUCGAGAAGAGUCGAUGCAGGCGGAGAAGUCCAGGUCUGCACUGUGUGUGCUUCCCAGUCUGAGUUUCCCAAGAAGUUUGUCCUGCACUCAAUAGUAGCACAGAGCAGAUAAAGUUUCAUUGAACCCCAAAGCCGUCAUUGGCCGCACGUUACUUGAGAAAUCCCUGAGCUAUACUUGUGUGUCCCUGAAUUCGAGCGCCCUUGAUUUUGUUCUCCAAGUCGUUCUUGUUUCCUACGCUCUGAAUAAGAUCAGCUCACGCGAGGACUGAUUUUUAGGAUUCAAAUUUAUGCAGCUCUUGUUCGUGUGCGGGCUGGGUUUUAACAUGCUUAUAAGUGCCGUCCAAGGAUUUAAUGUCAG